AUGGGCAAGCUUAUCAAGAACCACUGGGCGAGGCUCAUCAUCCUGACCGCGGGAGCUUAUCAAGUCGCUGCCGCGAUCGAGGGCUUCUUCUGGCCCAAGAUUUUCUGGGACUUCGCCACUAAGUUAUUAGACCCGGCGGUGAAGCCCUUCCCGACAUUACAGAUCAUCAACUUGGUCAUGGGGCUUUUCAUGAUGGCAUGGGAGUGGCCGCUGUCGUUCAUCGCCGGCUCGGCGAUCCACCGAAGUUUCGAGGCCCGUCUGGCCUUUCUGCCCCUGGCCGCUCUCGCCGCAGUCCUACUAUACCAGGGCACGAACGCGGCGCUGUACUAUUUGAUUGCGAUGGUUGUCGAAUUCUGGGCAUACUCUGAAGGCGAGAUGAUCUGUGCCAAGCCAUGGACUUUGCCAACUCGAAACACUCGAGCGAUGAACGCAUAGAUGCCACACAACCGCUUCCAACGUGUGACGGGAAACAUCAGUCGCGAAGCCCUGGAUCGUCCAGCGUCCUCGCCACCUACGCGCUGUCACUCCGACGGGGAUAACCGCGAAUUUUUGGGUCGCUCGUACCGACGAACAAAAGUUCUCAACGAGUCCUCAAGCAUCAUUCCUGGACAUCCAGGUUUCACUGCCUGCUCGAUUGACGUGCAGGUCACGGCAUGUCAAUGCGCACUACGCAUUCCAUCAGUCCUUUAGCUUUUGCUGUUUUCUGAGGACCUAUUUUCAGCAGAGGGAGAAGGGGGAGCAAUUCGCAAUGAGAGGAAGCGAAUUCGUCACACUUCGGGCUUGAUUCAAUCCACAUUUGGGUUCUAAGGCGUCAGCGGAGGCAUGACGAUACACCAGACCAGCAUGAUAUUAUUCAACGGUUCAGAGAGUCUUUCCUGGAUCUAGAGAAAGGGAUGUGCAAAGUCAUGAUUGACGUCGUUGCUACCAAGUUUGGCAUGCGUGCAAUCCCUCAACAUGAUUAUACUAGUUAUUUUUAGCGGUUUUUUUCUCAACAUAAAAAAAUAAAAUGAAAAUAAAUCAUC